CGGCUUAUCAGAGUGGCUCUCCGGUGCAGUCACGUUUGCUCGCUUGGAACAGCUGCAAGAUGCCUGGAGGUGCCGGAAGCUGCCGGCCACUAGAAUCAAGAAGUCCACUGGACUCCUUGAACGGUCUUAACAUAAAAGUGGAGCUGAAAAAUGGCCAUGAAGUUCCAUGCAAGUUGGACGCAGGAAGCGCCAGAAAUCUCGUCCAAUGCGUAAACUGCGGCUUUUACGCGCUUAAAUGGCACAUACUAGUAUGCAGUCAUAGUCUGUGCGAGCGAUGCUUCAUGGAAUGCCAAUGCUACUAUUGUGCUUUGGACCAAAUAAGGACUAUGAAAUUUAAGGCAAAGUCAGGCAGCUGCAACAAGGCGGUGUUGAAAGAUGUCCUCGUCCAGUGCUUAUAUUGCUCAGAAUUUCGGGACGCAAAUACCAUUGCGGACCACAUUGAAAAGGAACACUCGAGCUUAUUUGAAGAAGAAUCCAGUGGGACGCCCAAUGCAGUGCAGAACAAAGAGGAACUCUACAGCAGCAAGGUGCUCUCCGAUCUCAAGCUGCACAGUUCCAGGGACAAAGAUCCGGAAUUACUGAAUCUGCAACAGUCAACGCCUCCAGAACACGUCGGGGAUAUUGAAAAGCCGAAAUGCGCAACAUCCACAAAGUCGGAAAACACCACGUGCAGACACUGUGGAAAGAAGGUGAAAGACAUUCCGAAUCACCUGGCAGUAUGCUCCGAAUUGCCUGCUACUUGCCCCUACUGCCAUGACGAAAUCAGAAAAAAGGAUAUGAAGGCGCAUGUUGAUCAAUGCGAUCGUGAAUCUAAAGAAGCACGCAAGGAGCACGAGGACACCUGCCAAGACCGUAUCACGGAAUGCGAAGAUCACGAGGGAGCAUUGCCGGAGAAAGAUUUCGAGCCACACUGCUCAGAGCUAUGUAAGCGGAACAUCGCAACGAAAGCGCAGCAAAGUUAAGAGUACAGGAAGAAGAUGAUGACAAGAGCAAAAACAAGGAACUAUACGAUGAAAUCCAAGAACUCAAGGAUAAAAUAAAAGUGCUAGAAGGAAGACUUGAAAAGCUAGAAAAACCUCUGCGGAAGAUCAUAAAACGACUUUCCGAAAACCGAUAAGGAUUUUGUUCAGUGGAUAUACACAUUCGAUGUUGUGAGAGUAAUGCUAAAAUUUUGAACAGUAUACACAUUGAAUACUUUUGUGUCAAGGAAUUGUGACAGCGAAAAAGACUAGAAAAAGCAAAAAAAAAAAAUAAAAUAAACAGAAAUGUGAAAACGGUGGGUCCUUUUUUUU